UCUCUGCUUUUGGUCGCACCGGAUAUGUCGUUGUUCUUGACCUUCCCUUUUCAAUUGGCCGGAAUCAGUCUGUCGUGUAGCUUCAAGCUACAUUCUUCUAAAAGUAGUAGAAAAUGCACUUAUCUCCGCUGUAAAUGGUAUUGCCAACGAGGUAUUUACCAAAGUGUACAUAUAAAGUCGUCUUUUUACGGGAACAAUGGUAAAGUACUUUGCCUGUGUGGGUCUUCUGAAAAGUUCCUGGGACCAAGUCUGCAUCGCUUUCUGGGAGCGAUACCCCAACCCCUACAGUAACCAUGUCCUAACAGAGGAUAUCAUCUUCAGGGAGGUAACUCCCGGUAACCGUCUGGUCUCUAGGCGACUGCUGACCAAAACUAACCGCGCCCCUCGCUGGAUGGAGAAGUACCUGCCGGUUACCAUGGCCAGGCACGCCUACAUCAUCGAGGAUUCCAUCGUGGAUCCCCAGAACAGAACCAUGACAACGCUGACUUGGAACAUCAGCCACGCACGCAUGAUGUCUGUGGAGGAGCGUUGUGAGUACAGAAUUAACCCUGACAACACCAGCUGGACGGAGAUUAACAGAGAGGCCUGGAUCUCGUCUAACCUCUACGGGCUUUCCAGAGCUAUACAGGAGUUCGGCCUUGCCCGGUUCAAGACCAGUGUUGCAAAGACCAUGAAAGGGUUUGAAUACGUCCUGGCCAAAAUGCAAGGUGAGUCCCCGUCCAGGACCCUGGCUGAACAUGCUACAGAGAGGGCCAGGGAGACGGCUCUGGCAGCUAAAGAGAAAGCCAAAGACCUUGCCUCACAGGCUCACAAGAAACAACAGUAUGUCUGAGCUGCCAGUGCAGGGUGAAGUUUCCCCUAGAUGCUGAUAUGGUUAGGAUUGGGAUUGGUCUUCCUAGAAACUUUAUCCUGGAGCCCGAGGUGCCAGUGGGAGGAAGUAGACAUUGGCCCCUUUCAGACCUGCCUGGAUUCAAAGACUAUUUAGGAAUAAUUUCAAGUACUUUAUCUGGGAUCGAUUUGAAGUAUUCCUGGCACAAUUGAACCAAUAAAAUACUGAAAAUCCUUGCUCAUCUGGCACUCCAGGCAGGCUCAAACAAUUACAAAAAGUUUUAAAAAAUUAAAAUAAUGUUGACUAGUAUUUGAACCCAACGGCUUGUCCAGAGUCAGAUCUUAUUAACCCCCCUAAUGAUUACAUUUGGAGGGGAAUCUGAUCCCAGACCUGUUUGGUCCGAGUCAGAUCUUAUUCACCCCCCUCUAAUGAUUACAUUUGGAGGGGAAUCUGAUCCCAGACCUGUUUGGCCCUAACGGCUUGUCCAGAGUCAGAUCUUAUUCACGCCCCUCCUAAUGAUUACAUUUGGAGGGGAAUCUGAUCCCAGAUCUGUUUGGCCCGAGUCAGAUCUUAUUCACUCCCCUCCUAAUGAUUACAUUUGGAGGUAGGGGAAUCUGAUCCCAGAUCUGUGAUUAGGGUUGCAAAAUUCCGGGUAAUUUUUUUCUAGAAGAUUCCCGGGGAACAAGAGGUAAUAUAGAACAUUUCUGGAACUUUUGUAAAUGCUUUGGUAAUGUUGCUACACUAGGUGCGACUGAGCUAAGGGAAUGGACCAUUUACAGUUAAAGAUCGUUUGGAAAAUGUGGUCGGAGGGUGUGACGCAAUUACGGCGCCUCCGGAGUCUAAAUCAAACUGUACCGCAUCGCCAUGCGCCUCUCAAAUGUUGUAACGAUACAGAGUGCUCUGUAUAUCUCCGCAUUGACAUGAUUGGUUGACGGUAAGCAGGGGAGGGGGGCGGGGUCCUGUAUUAACACAAACUCACUUCCUUGACAACUUCCUUCACAGCAGCUCUGCGAAGCGCCCCCCCCCCCAAAAAAAGUAAAUUUUGCUAUGACUUCUGCAGAGGCUGCAACGCAGAAAAACGCUGUACGGCCACUACAGAUGUAUCGUACGUCACAGAAUGUAAACUUGAGUAACUAGAUUGAUCUUAUUGUUGGUGGUAUGCGGCAGCAUUAGGGACAGCCCAACACCAGUCCCACCCAGCAGGUGAUCUACUGUGCACGGGACGACGUCGGUCUUGUCCUUUGGAGCGAGUACAAGAGACUGGUUCAUGUCUCCAGAAAUGACUUGUUUAGGUUUCCAUCUUGCUGUAUUUUUGUUGUUGUUGUGACCAACUCAAUACUUUCAUAGUCUUAUUGGGGUCUUACCGCCAUGAUGAUGAUGAUGAUGGAGUUCCACACAGUUGGGUGAAGCUGUUUUCAUAGACGCUGAUAUUGGGUCAGUUUAGUAUUUUCCCCACUAGUGGCUACGGUUAGGAUUGGAGGAAGUUGAUCCUAGACCUGUAGGUCUACUCACCAUUCCCAGGCCGCAUCCCAAAUGACACCUUAUUCCCUCCCUAUAUAGUGUACUACUUUUAACCAGAGCCCCAUAGGCACUGAAGAGUUUUGACCAGAGACCUAUAGACCCUGAUAUAAAGUAGUGCCCUGAAUAGGGAAUAGGGUGCCAUUUUGGGACUGAGCCAGCCUCGGUGCUCUUCUCUUUAACCUGUUGUGUUCUUCUGUCGGUUGUAAUUCCUUUACCUUCAUAUAGUUUUGUUUCUCACACUGUAGAUGAGAAUGACUACAUAUCUUCAUCUACAUUUUGUGUUUUAGCCUUACUAUUUGUUUUCAUUUCAGAAUCAAAUCUUUUGUUUCUGCGAGCUAAACUGCUCAAAAAGCAAAUCUCAAAAGAAAUCCCUUUUCGCUAUAUAUUCAUUGAUUUCAGUUAUGGCGGUUUCAUUUCAUAAUUUUUUUUUGUUGAUUCAGAAUAUUUAAUUGCUUCAAAAUUCAAAUCAAAUCAAAUGUAUUUAUAUAGCCCUUCGUACAUCAGCUGAUAUCUCAAAGUGCUGUACAGAAACCCAGCCUAAAACCCCAAACAGCAAGCAAUGCAUGUGAAAGAAGCACGGUGGCUAGGAAAAACUCCCUAGAAAGUUGUUACUAGUGUGAUGAGAGGGUCCACGUUAUUGUCGUUGCUUGAAAGUGAACCCAUCUCUUGACGUUGUAUGCUUUGUAGAAAUUAGCUCCAGAAAGUGAGUCAAAUUGAAAGUUGUAAAUGACAUUUUAAAGACAUCCUGGAUGUGAGUUUAUUUGUUCAACCUCCCACUUUAGGUUGUAUGUGUCUGUAGUUUAAUCAAUAAGGCACAUGGCCUAAAUACCACAGCUCAGGGCUGUUCUUAAGCCACAACCCAAUGUGGAGUGGUCAUAUACAACAAAUGCAGAGGUGCCUUAUUGCUAUUAUAAACUGAUUACCAAUUGUAAUUAGAGCAGUAACAAAAAUAAUGUUUUGUCAUAUCCAUGGUAUUCCACAGCUGUCAGCCAAUCCUCAUUCAGGGCUUGAACCACCCAGUUUAUAAACAUGCAUAAUCUCUAUGAGUAGAAUUACUGUCUUACCUCAAUUAGCCACGAAAUCCUUAGUUUCUAACCCUUUUCCGUCACAUGGGCCAGCCCUCAAGCAAUUAGUUGUAGUCAGUAAGCUUCAGCCCCUUGACAUUUUUGAGUGACAGCUAGCGAGAUGCAAACACAGCAGAACGAGAGAGGGAGCAAUGACAUGGUGCACAUCUGCACACACGUGAUGUAGUACACAAUAUUCGGGGACCACUUUUGGCUUGUGAGUGCUACUUUUAAAACCACUGGCUGAAAAGUAUACAAAAGUACUGGAGAAUUUCUUAUAUAUAAAAAAUAAAUAAAUUAAUGUGCUUUGUUUGAGCAACAGUAUCGGCUUAUUGAUGAAUAACAAUAAAUAUUUUAUGUUA